AUGUGUCCAGCACCAACGAUAACAUCAGUGGAAGAGGUUACUGGGGGGUUUGAGUUCACUAAUGGGGAUAAGACGAUCUUCCAAGUAUUCCGAGGCAUGCGGCAAGAAUACUCCAACCCGUUCUACAACCGACCCUUGAACAUCGAAGCCUCCCAAUUCCCCCUUUCCCACCCAAACUACUCCCCUUCGCCCGUUGCGCCUCUCAAUCUCCUCUUCCUCCCCGAUUCGUCAAAGACGACCGUUCUAGAGGAUAUGGAGCGAACACAUGCGAACCAGUUUCGGAAGGGCCUCGUAGCACGCACGCUCCAAGUAAUUCCAUCGCAAGUGCUAGAUCCUCCCGAUUCGCCUCGACCCAUGAAACUCCUCCCCGAUCACCCAGAGGAAGUCGUGUGA